AUGAAGACGGCGCGCGUAGAAGAGCACGAAAAGCAUGACAUCAUAAGUGUAUUGGCAGUUCCAAACUCCCUCCUCACAGAAACAGACAACCAUCCUUAUUCUCCUCGCAUACCUAGUGUUCUUUCAUCCCUGGAGAGAGUUGAAGCUGGACCCUUGACCAUCACCAUGUAUAGCAUGGAUUCAUCUUCAGGAUCUCACACUCAUCAGCACCCUCUUCUUCCUCCUGGGUUUCGGUUCCACCCCACAGAUGAGGAACUAGUGGUUCACUACCUCAAGAGAAAAGCAGACUCUGUUCCUCUUCCUAUUGCCAUCAUCGCCGAGGUUGAUCUCUACAAGUUCGAUCCCUGGGAACUCCCAAGUAAAGCCACUUUUGGUGAGCAAGAGUGGUACUUUUUCAGCCCAAGGGAUAGGAAAUACCCAAAUGGGGCAAGGCCUAACAGGGCUGCUUCUUCUGGGUAUUGGAAAGCUACCGGAACUGACAAGCCCAUACUUGCUUCUCAUGACCACCACAAAGUUGGAGUCAAGAAAGCACUUGUUUUCUAUGGUGGCAAGCCUCCAAAAGGGGUUAAAACCAAUUGGAUCAUGCACGAGUACAGGCUUGUUGGCAGUUCCUCGAAUUCUACCUCAAAACCACCUUCUGUACCUGCAGAUCAUGCAAGUAGUAGUAAGAAAAACUCCUUGAGGCUUGAUGACUGGGUUUUGUGCCGGAUAUACAAGAGAAACAACAGUACCAUCUUGCCAAGGUUUCCUUUGAUGGAGCGGAAUAAGGAGCUAUCUACGGAGAGUACUAUGCUACCAAUGAUGUCAACUUUGUCAGUGGCCAAUAAUAACAUCUCUCAGAAUUCCAAACCCUCAUCUUCUAGAAGCACAAGUUAUGGACCCCUGGGAGUAGAAAAUGAUGAUAACUUCUUUGAUGGAAUCUUAGGAGUUGACAAUAGCAUGCAGCAAGAUGUUUCUGAUUUCCACCAAGUCUCUUCAAAGGGAAUAUACCCUGUGAAACGAGCACACUCGUCACAGUUUUGGAAUGACACAGGGUCAUCAUCUUCUAGCAGAAGAUUCCAUUGUGAUCUCAAUGAAGGAAGCAACACUGCUGAUCAUGAAGACAAUUCCUUCGUUUCUCUGCUUAGCCACCUUCCACCGAACACAGCAUUUCACCCAAAUGCACUUCUUGACCCUGUUAGUAAUGAUGUAUUGAGGCAACAGUUUCAACUUCCAAGCAUGAACUGGAAUGUUUAG